AUGACGACGACAUCGGCGACGGCAACCGCGGAAGCGUCGCCUGGUUGUUGUGGAAGAUGGACGCCGACGAUUCGGCUCUCCAGUAUAAUCAUCUCAAUGUUACUGCUAAUAUGCGAAAUUGUGCUGGCCACGUUUGAAUACGUCAGCUUUCGUUUUGACGAUAACCCAAUAUCUGCACUUUUUGCAGGUCUUUUCACGUUUCACUCAUUUUUUACGCUUUUCUACAUUAUUGGUGCUUUCCGGAUGAUUGAAUGUUUUAUGGUCCCUUGGCUCACAUUACAGCUUAUAUUUCUCACCACAUUCGCGUUGUUCACAAUUGUUUGGUGGAUUGCGACGCUUCUUUCCGUAUUUGGAUUGGUUGAAUAUUACGCAGCGACGAAAAAUGACAAGGGUCUCACCAACACCGAAUUCUUCGUCGGCAUCGGUCUUGCUCUCACCGUCACCUUAUUGGUGUCCAUUAAAUUCUCGCAAAUUCUUUACAAGGGCUUCGUGAGCGUUCGCAAUCAGAACAUCGCCCACUACCGUAUCACACAGGCUCUCGAGCGGAAAACCUCGAUGCAACUCAAACCAAGCUACGUGUAA